GAUACAACACAGAGAAGAAGAAGUUUCGAGAACUGGAGGGGCAAAAUGAGCGAAUCACAUUUUGAGCUUUUCCAUUUCAAUUAGUUGGACUGGAUGUUUUCCAGAUUCCAGUUGAACUCAACCAACAGAAAUAAAACUAUUCUUCAUUUCGCCAUGUUCCGUCGUCAGUGCGGAAACUGCGGCGAAGACUGACUGCGCAGGAAACUGCUAGCACAACUUCUCUGCUAGCCGGCAGAGCUAACCGACCUGUCAGCCGACCUGUCGGACGGAGUGGAGCCGCAUCAUGUCGGUGAACUUCGACGAGAAGAGCGGAGUCGUCCCCUGCAAGACCGACUGGGGCUCCUGGUACCAGACCAUGGAGGAGGUGUUCAUCGAGGUCCAUGUGCCGCAGGGGACCACGGCCAAAGAGGUCAAGUGCCGCCUGGGGUCCAGAGACAUCGAGCUGCAAGUGAAGGGACAGGAAAUAUUCAAGGGAAAGUUGUUUGACAUAACCGUGUCUGAUGAGGCAACAUGGACACUCGAGGACAGGUGUCUCAUCCGCAUCAUUCUGAUGAAGACCAACAGAGAGGCGGGGAACUGCUGGUCCUCUCUGCUGGAGGGGGAGUACUGUGCAAACGCCUGGGUCCAGGACCAGAUGCAGAGGAAGCUCACACUGGAGAGGUUCCAACGGGAGAACCCCGGAUUCGACUUCAGCGGUGCAGAGAUCUCUGGGAAUUUUGCUGGCGGUGGUCCUGACUUUUCCAGUUUACAGAAGUGACCCUCACUAUGAUGUCAACAACAUUUCACACUUAAUGAACACUACAGGACAUCUAUGACAGUGGAUCCAUCAGACUGUCUGCUACAUGAAGCCGGAAGUUUUGCUUUCAGAAGAACUCUCACAUCAAGCUGUCAACAGGACACAAUUGUUUGCAAAAGAAGGUUUUCCUUCAUUUCUUCUGCCUCUUUCACAAUAAAGAACUUUUUUUUUUUGGGCCAAAGUUACAAGGUGUAUGGGUUAAGAAAGCUGAUUGAUAUGUUAGAUCCGUUUGUAAAAAGCCUUUGAGAAUGAUAAACUUUCACUGAAGAAACAAACAAGCAAUAGCUUUUCAAUAAAGUUUUAUUGAAAGGUACAAGCGCAUUGGUUAACCAGAUGUUGUAUUCAAUAAGCAAUUUUUAAUUUGAGAACACAUUUAAUUUCUCACUAAAAGAAACUUACACUAAACAGGGAAACUGGCAAAGAAAAGUCAAUACGAAUUCAAAUCCACAUUUCCACUGCAACAACCAAUUUUUUAGUGUUCUCUGUAUAAUUGACAACUGAAAUCAUCAAUACACUUGUGUCAGGGUCAACAAAUUAAGAAUCUGUGAAAACAACUAAUCUGCAACCUCUGCUGACAUUACGGCUCAAAUAGUACUUUUAGCCGUUUGUGACAGGAUUGUCACUAGCCUCUAUUCACUGGAGAAAACCAGAUUUCCCUUCGCUGUGAACAUAAAAAACAAAAAAUCACCUUGGGUAGGAGUGUGCAUUCAGGACAGUUUAGCAACCUAGGGUGGGAGUUAAGGAUUUUGGGCCCGAUUUCUUGGUUCCAUUUUUGUUGUUCACAAAAUCCUUCUCCCUCCUCUUCCACAUGGUGGACUGAGGACCUAGGUGGUUCUAUACUUAAUUGCUUAAAACCAGCAACCCGUUCCAGGAAAGGCCAAACAUCUUGGUACGGAUUAAAACAAGAACAUACUGUACAGGUGUGCAAGAAAACUCAAAUAAGGGAAGUAAAUCUUCAGACUAAUGUCCUGCAUUAGGAAAACCUUUUGCAGGGCAUUACUCUAAGUUCUACGGGAAGAUGAAUAUUGUGCAUUUCAUAUAUGCAUGAUUACAAA